AUUUUAAAAAGAGCAAGGCAAACAUUAGACUUCAUAGGCAUCCCAAUGGAACUUUGUACAAAGAUUCCAUUUGUUUAUUUCGAGCUUUGGCAUAUCAUCAGCUUCAGACCUUUCAAAAUCUUGAGGAUAGAGUAGAUCAGUUAAUACAGAAAUGGCCAAGGGAAGACGAUUUUAGUGGGGUACCUCUCUCUCAAAUACCCGAGUUUGAAGAAAUGCAUGAUAUUUCGGUCAAUGUUUUCUCACUCAACGAAGAUAGAAAAGCGGAGUGUGUGUACAAAUCUGUCAAAAGCUAUCAAGAUCAAAUGAAUAUCAACUUGUUUCAAAAUCACUGCAGUUAUAUUACUUCAUUGGCAAAAUACAGCAAAAAGUAUAAGUGCAGAAAUUGCGAUUACAUCACUAAAAGGGUCACUGAUUUAAAAAGGCAUGAAAAGACAUGUCGUGAUGCCACGUUUCUUCAAUUUCCUGGUGGUUAUCAUAAACCUCAAACAACGUUAUUCGAAGAUCUUGAAGCUUUUGACAGUGCUUUAUCUGUCCCAGAAGGUGACAGAUAUAUCACGCAUUUUGCAUGUUUUGACUAUGAAGCCAUGCUAUUCCCACUUCCAUUAAAUCAUCCAAGUCUGUUUGGGAGUCCAAGCACGUUCCUGUUUCAGUCAGUGUAUGUAGCAAUGUUAAUGGGUUUCAAUCCCCGAAAUGUUUUGUCAAUGAGGAUAUAGAUGAACUCGUCAGUAACAAGGUCAAGUACCUCAA